CAACUUGACUCUAAUGGCCCUCGAACUCAUCCAACUACCUUUUAUUUUUUUAGGCCACAUUCAGCUCAGCAAUAAUCUCUUCUCGCCCUCUGAGUUCAAGGAAGAAGAAGAAGAAGAAGAAAACCCAAAAGUGGAGGAGCAUGAAUGAGGUAAAUCACCAAAGGAUCAAGAGCAACGGGAUAUGGAUACAUGUAGCAGAGCAAGGAACAGGUCCCCUUGUCAUCCUUCUUCAUGGCUUCCCCGAGAACUGGUACGGGUGGCGCCACCAGAUCAACUUCUUGGCUAACCAUGGAUACCAUGUGGUGGCACCAGACUUGAGAGGCUAUGGAGACUCUGACUCUCCUCUCAGCCCAUCUUCUUACACAGUUUUUCAUUUAGCUGGGGACAUCAUAGGCCUCAUCGACCAUUUUCGCCAAGAAAAGGCAUAUGUGGUUGGAGUGGACUGGGGAGCUGUUGCAGGGUGGCAUGUGAGUCUACUCAGGCCUGAUAGAGUUCUGGGUUUUGUAGCUUUAUGUGUUCCUUAUCUACCAAGAUCAGCAACUACCAAAAGUACUGAAUCACUUAGAAAAUCUAUUGGAGAGGGCUGUCAAGUUAUUCAGUUUCAGGAACCAGGAAGAGCAGAGAGAGCCUUUGCCAGGUAUGACUACUUGACAGUGAUGAAGAAGUUCUUUACAAUGACAGAGAACGAGUUUAUAGCUCCUCCGGACACUGAGAUAAUUGAUUAUCUGAGGACACCUUGGUUUUUGCCGCCAUGGAUAACCGAAGAAGACCUUCAGGUCUUUGCUGAGAAGUUCGAGGAGUCUGGUUUUACUGGUCCUCUUAACUACUACCGCGCCAUGGACCUGAAUUGGGAGCUUCUUGCACCCUGGCAAGGAUCAAAAAUCACAGUUCCAACAAAAUUCAUAGCAGGUGACAAAGAUAUUGGAUUUGAGACUCAUGGUACGAAGGACUAUGUUCUAGGUGAAGCUUUUAAGAGUUGUGUCCCAGACCUUGAAGUGGUUAUUAUAGAAGAUGGGCACCAUUUUAUUCACCAAGAGAAACCUCAACAAGUCUCCAAUGAAAUACUUUCCUUCCUCCAAAAACAUUCAGUAGGUUAAGCAAGAAUUCAAAAUCAUAGUCAUAUUCUGCUGUACUGUAAGGGAUCUCUAGUUUGCAAUGCUAAAACUAGUGUUCAUGAA